AUGAACCCACCCAACAAUCCAUCUUCGUCCUCGUUUCGGCCACCAUCGUCAUCGGAUGGAUCGGCUUCAUCAUCGGCCACUGGACAACAGCCUGGUCUACAACAAACAUUGGCAACAACAAUGACUCUGGAAAAAAUUCAAAAAUUGAGAGAAAAGGUGGAAGCAUUAAAAAUGAGUCUUACAGAUGAUGGCAAAAAACUUGCGGAUAGGAUUGUUGAUCAAUUUCAAAGAGGAGCUUUUGAUGCCACCAAACUUUCUUUGUACGUGAAAGAACUCAAGGCAAGAUAUUCAUUACAACCACAGCAACAACAACAGCAACAACAACCUGUUUUACAACAGCCUCUCCAAGCAAUACCAGCACAACAGCCAAUACCACAACAAUUGCCCACGGGAAUUCCCGCAUUUGGAGCAGGUACAACGCCUAAUGAAUCAAUGCUUGGAUUGAUGAUGGGCAAUCCAUUAUUGAAUCAACAACAACCACCCCCACAACGAUUACAGAGCAUGAUGCAACAGCCUCUUCAAGCAAUACCAUCACAACAACCUCUACCUCCUACAUCAGCAAAUAUUCAAGCAACACCUCCGAAUGCUCAACAACAAAUGCCUUCAUUUACCGAUGAAGAAAGACAACUAGUGAAACAAAUCAAAGAAAUGACAACUGAGGAACGGAAAGAAUAUGUCAAACGAAAUCCAGCAGUUUUGGAAAUUUUAGCUAGACUUAAAUCCAUGCAAAUGGGUGGAAAACAGCACACAGUAGUUAAAACUGAGAAUGAACCAAUGUCACAACAAUUAUCAAAUCAAACCAACCUUUCAAUGAUGAUGAAUCAACAACCAAAUUUACAACAAUUACCAACUCAAUCUAAUUUACCCAAUGGAACUCCCGGUUUUAUUUCCUCUGCCCAACCUUCAACAAUGGACUCAUCCAUGCAACCUCCUCCCAAAAAAAAGAAAUCUGCUCCAAAGCAUGACGAAGAAAUGCAAAUCGAAGAGACGCCAUUUGUACACACCUUUACAAACGAUGAAGAGGUUCAUUCUGUAUAUACCAGUAGAUAUCAACCUGAGCCUUCUUUUUGUAACAGCGUAUCUCUCAAAAACAAACUCAAUCGAAUUGUGAAGUCACAAGGACUUAAAGGAACAGUAAGCGAUAAUAUUAUAGAUUUUGUCUCUUUAGCUGUACAAGACAGAAUGCGUACUAUUUUGGAAGAAUUAAUUGCAAAUUCGAAACUUAGAAUGGAUACACCUAUUAAUGCUAGUGAAAAUGUACCAUUUGUUGAAUUCACCUCUUCCAGUAACGCAAUGCUCGUUCAAAAAGAGCUGAAAAUUAAAAAGAAAAUUUUACAAGAAGAGGAAUUGAGAAGAGAGGAAGAAAAGAAAAAGCAAGCAAGCUCUUCUGAAGGAAAGAAAAAACGAACCUCGAAAGAAGAUGACGAGCAAAGAAAUAUUGACAUGAACGAAGCGAUUGGUGUUGCUCUCGGCAAACGUUCGUCAAGUUCAAAAUCCUCAAGCGCUUCAUCCUCCAUGCGAAAGUCAUCCUCUACAACCAGCAUGUCCUCGGCAAGAGGAAGCGGAAAUAAGGAAAAUGAUCAAGCUGAAGAUUCUGAUUCUGUACUCGGAAAGAGAUCAAUUGUAAUUAUUCCUCAAGAUGUUCUAUUAUUCCUCGAACAAGAACCUCAGUUACGUAAAUCUAAGUUAUUGCAUGCUCUGUAUGCUAGAUUAAAAGAAUAA